AUGAGAGGGAGAGGGAGAUGGAGAAAGAGGAGGAGGAUGAGAAGCAAGAGGAUAUGCAGGGGAAAAAGGAGGAAGAGAGGCAGAAGAAGAACUAGAAGAGGAGGAAGAAGACGAAUGAGGGAGGAGAAGGAAAAGGAUGAGAAGAAGGAGCAAGAGGAAAAUCGAUUGGAAAAAGAAGGGAAGAGGAAUAGAUUGAGGAAGGAGGAUUGGCAAGAGGAGAAGGAGAGGGAGAAGGAAGAAAAGCAAGAGGAAAAGUUAGAGAGAAGAGAAGUCACUCGAAAGAUCAAGACUCGUCAAUUUGCUCAGAGUGGGUUUGUCACUGGGUGCUUGCCGGUGGAGACUGGUUUGGUGUUACUUGUUGAUGGCCGGGUGGUUUCGUCGUGUUGCUUGUUUGGCGGAGGCUAG